AAGAGAAUGGCUUUUACGGUUUCUAGAUCUGAAUCAACUUUGACUUCAGAGAGGGAGAAGGAGAUUAUUGAUAAAAAUCAUACAGACAUAAGGGAGAACAUUAAGGACUCUGCAAGAGUUGGUGAUGGCAUCUCAAGCCAGCUCCACCUAAAAUCCCCUUCUCAAACAUUGGACAAACAUGUUGUCCUUAGGCGCAUCAAGCAACGCAAGUCCUAUAACAAAGCCAAAAAUGCUUUUGAAGCUCUUCUAGGCACUUUGAAAAGAGAGUCAAACUCUGGACAAGAACACAAGUGGCUCCAACACGUCGAUGACACUUUCUCUUCUCCUUGACAGAAAGAUUGAACCAUGCAUGCAUAUUAUGAUAUGACCCGCGCACCUUGAUUUGAUGCAUGACUUGGCCUUAAAUAACUUUUUUGUUUUUUGUUCUUGUAUUAUGCAAUUGUGAAUAGUAUGUUUAACUAUGUACGAUCUUUGAAUACA